AUGUCAAAAUUAGUAAAAUACAAGAACAUUCUGGUUCUUUCAUUGGGAAUAUUUCUGACUUAUAGCGCUUUUAACUCAUCUUAAAACCUAUAAUCUCUUGUUAUGUAAGAAGAUGGCUUUGGGCAAAUGGGAUAUCAUAUACUAGCAACACUCUAUCUAUUUAUGGGACUUGGAUCAAUAUUUUCAACUGCUAUAAUCAAUAAAUUUGGUUCAAGAAAGUGCAUGAUGAUGGGGGGAUUAGGCAAUGCUCAGUGGAUAUUCACAACCAUACUUGCUACGGAGCAUGAGAAUAAAUUGAAUUAGCAGAUUAUAGAUGAACCACCUAUAUUGAUAACUGUACUGAUAUUUGUUUCAACAAUUAUAAAUGGAUUCACUGUAGGGAUACUAUGGUCAUGUGCAAAUAAUUAUGUAGCUAGAAAUUCAGACCCAGAUCAUAAAGGUACAGGCUUUGGUAUUUUUUGGACAUUCUAUAUGAUGAGUUAAAUAUCUGGGAAUCUUAUAGCAUCAUAUACUCUAGAGAAACUAAAUCAAACUUCAUUUUUUCUGAUUAUGGGGAGUGUAGCUUUAGUAGGGACUAGCAGUUUUUACUUGAUAAGCAAUCCUUCGGAAACCACUCAUAAGAUGGCUGAAUAACCUUAAUAAGAGUUGGAAUUCGAAAGACAAGUAAGAGAAAGAAGGUUUUCAGAAUUAACUGAGUCUACUAAUUCUUCUUAAAUAAUCAGAGAUCCAAAAGAUGAGUAAUCAAAUUUUAAAUCAGAUGUCAAAUUAGUUCUACAUCUCAUAAUUGACAAUAGAAUGAGAUAUGUUAUGCUCUAAAUCUGUUGGACAGGUAUAUCAAUAGCAGUCUACACUGGUUUACUUGUACCGACUAUCGUAGAAACUCUAAAGACCUCUAAUGAGUAGGAAUAAUUCAAGUAAAGCAUGCUUGCAAUGGUGGCCUUGGGAGUUGGAGAGAUAUCAGGUGCUGUAAUUUAAGGGAAACUAGUUGACAAGUACGGUACCAAAAAUGUUUGUGUGCUCAAUAUGGUUCUAAUUUUAGUAGCUACGAUUUUUGUUCUAAACUACUUGUAUCUUGAUGAUUAUUCAGUGUUUGCCUUUAUUAUGACUUUUGUUUGGGGAUUCCAAGACAGUGCAGUUAGUAUUCAUUUGAACACUAUUUUGAGUUCAGAAUUUGAUGAUAAUCCAGGCCCAUUUUCACUGGAUUCAUUGAUAGAAGCAACUAUGGUAUUCUGCUUUUAGAUGAUAUAGUCAUUCGUUGUGAGUUGGUCAGCUCAUUUUAUUUACAUUUCAUUUGUGGGUAUAGCUGGUAUAUUAAUGUGCGCUACUACACUUUUAUUUGAAUUCAGGAAUGAUAAAAUUAAAGGUGCUAAAUAAAAUCAUUAAAAUGAAGGCAUAGCCUUGACAAGGAUGAUGAAAUUAGAAUUAAAGGUUUAAAAAUUACAUGAAGAAGAAAGUUGA